AUGACAUCUUUCUCACCCCUUUCCUUCAUUUCCAAUAUCAAUGUCUUUUCCAACUCAAAGAUUUCACAUUCCUCCUUGUAUCCAUUUUCACAGAAACACAACCGAUCUUCUAAACACGGUAAACCAAAACGCCAACUGAUCACAUGCAGUGGUAAUAAUAGUAACCAAAAGAACCCUAAAGAAGAACAAGCACUACCAAACAUUGUAGGACAUAGGAGAAAUGUCCUUAUUGGUCUUGGAGGACUUUAUGGUACUUUUUCCAGUAACCCUUUUGCCCUAGCUUCUCCAAUAUCUCCACCAGACCUAUCCACAUGUGGUCCACCUGAUCUACCCUCACAUGUAACACCUCCUAAUAUUAAUUGUUGUCCACCAAAGUCCACAAAAAUCAUAGAUUUCAAAAUCCCUUCAAAGCAACCCUUAAGGGUAAGACAGGCAGCACAUUUAGUCAAUGAUGAGUAUCUAGCGAAAUACAAAAAGGCCGUUGAACUCAUGAAAGCUUUACCUUCCAAUGAUCCACGUAGCUUCACACAACAAGCAAAUAUCCAUUGUGCUUAUUGUGAUGGUGCAUAUUCCCAAGUUGGUUUCCCUAACCUUGAUCUUCAAGUUCAUAACUCUUGGCUCUUUUUUCCUUUUCACAGAUGGUAUCUUUAUUUCUAUGAAAGAAUCUUAGGUAGCUUGAUCAAUGAUCCAACCUUUGCUUUACCAUUUUGGAACUAUGAUGCUCCAGAUGGCAUGCAAAUACCCUCAAUUUACACCGACAGUGCAUCGCCUCUUUAUGACAAACUCCGAAAUGCAAGUCAUCAACCUCCAACGCUCAUAGACUUAAACUUCUGUGACAAUGAUAUUGAUGUUGAUGGAAAUGAACUAAUCUCCAAUAAUCUUACUAUAAUGUAUAGACAAGUUUUUUGCAAUGGAAAAACCUCAAAACUUUUCCUUGGAAACCCUUAUCGUGCUGGAGAUGUAGAACCCGAGGGAGCUGGAUCAAUAGAGAAUGUUCCACAUGGACCCGUUCAUACUUGGACCGGUGACAAUACUCAACCUAACACUGAAGACAUGGGAUCUUUCUAUUCAGCUGGAAGAGAUCCUAUUUUUUUCUGUCACCAUUCAAACGUUGAUAGGCUUUGGUCUAUAUGGAAAACACUUGGUGGGAAAAGAAAAGAUUUCAAUGACAAAGAUUGGUUAGAAUCAGGGUUUCUUUUCUAUGAUGAAAAUAAGAAUCUUGUUAGGGUUAAGGUUAAGGAUUGUCUUGACUCAAAAAAACUAGGUUAUGUUUAUCAAGAUGUUCCCAUUCCAUGCCUAAAAGCUAAACCUGUGCCACAAAGAACAAAAGUACAAAGAAUGGUGGAAGUUGAGAUUAAUGAUGACAACUUAGGCGAAUCAUCGACUAACUUUCAAGUUCGACAACAGAGUUCAAGAAAAUAUGUUAAGUUUCCAUUGGUUUUAAAUAAUAAAGUGAGUGCUAUUGUGAAGAGGCCAAAGAAAUCAAGGAGCAAGAAAGAGAAGGAAGAAGAGGAAGAGGUUUUAGUGAUUGAUGGGAUUGAGUUUGAUAAGAAUAUAGCCAUUAAGUUUGAUGUUUUAAUUAAUGAUGAAGAUGAUAAGGUGAUUGGGCCAGGGAAUACUGAAUUUGCUGGAAGCUUUGUGAAUGUCCCUCAUUCCUCACAUGGACACAAGAAGAAGAAGAUUAAAACUUGUUUAAGACUUGGAUUAACAGAUUUGUUGGAAGAUUUGGAUGUUGAAGGAGAUGAUAAUGUUGUGGUUACAUUGGUUCCAAAAUGUGGGAAAGGACUCGUCAAAAUCAAAAACAUCAAAAUAGUGUGUGAAGAUUAA